AUGGCCGCAGAAGCUGGUGUUGCAGCUGCCUCUGCGGCUGCUGUUGGUUUCGGACUUUUCGAUUACAAUCGUGCCAACUACUUAUACGAUGCAGAGUUUCGGUUUGAGAGGUUCAGCACAGGGCGCGAAUAUGCUGUGGAGCAGUCCAACCAGUUCCGAAACGACUUGAGAACCCUGUCAGCUCUGACGAUGGUGAAGAACAACCAGUAUGCUGGCCUGGCCGCUCUGGACAUGGCGCUGUGCAUUGCGCUGUAUUGCGCUGGAAGACUGGGUCUGCAUGGUCCUUCUCCUCCUGGUUGGAUUAUGGCGCUCUGGCUCACCAGCAAUGCAGCCUCGUUUGCUUUCAUGGCCCUGGCGAUCCUGCUGGCGUUGCAUGCAUCCUACCGCGCACAGGCAGCUUCGGUGAAUUUGCUGACCCGCAAGAUUCGCGUGCCGGUCCCUUCCAUCCGACACCUGGACAAGGCGAGGCGAUUCAGUUCUGAGUUUGAGCAACAGCAGUGGAGCGACAUCCUCCGUGUCCCCUACCUCACAAAUCCGGGUGUGCCAAAAACAGACGAGACGUCUGCCAACAUCGCGGGUUCCGCAAGCCGGGCUCGGUCCGCCUCUCCGGGCCGCCGGAGCCGCUCGACGAAGGCCUCCUCCUGGAUCCGCGAGGAGUUCGAGACGGACCAAGCAGGUACGGUCACAGGCACCAUGCAGCCAGGCGGUCUGCUACCUGCAGACUCCGCACCGGAACACUUCCGCCUUUAUGCAGCAGUCCAGAAGGAGUGGUUUCAGUAUGACAUCUAUGCGAGAGUCUGCAUGCUCCUGGGCUUCUCUGCCUUUGUGCAGUCUCUUGCCUUCUACGGCAACGGCCACAUUAUCGUUGAACUGCGCGCUUUCUACGUGGCUCACGCGACUGCAUUUGUGAUUGAGGUCCUGCACGUCCUCCUCCUUCGCUUCGACAUCAUUCAGGGUCGUGUGAAGUCCACGGACCGAACUCCUGCGUGGUUUCUGUGGCUGGGUCCUGUCUCGGUGGCCUUUGCAACUGUGGGAAUGUCCCUGGACUUUCGAACCCAGUUCAAUAUCGUGGCCAUCGUAUUCACCUGGAUCUGCAUCUUCGGCGCUUACAUCUGCCAGUUCUGCUAUCAGCUCCGCAUUCUAGAAGUGAUUCUGCCGGAUGAUGUCCGCAACCCGCUGAAGUUGGAGGAAAACAUCGGUGACGCCUGGUGGCCGGCCUCAUGGCGCUGCCCGUCUGCCUUCGCGCAUGUCCUGUACUUUGUGGCGCCGCCUGGCCGGCUCCAACCCGGGCAGUUCGAUCUGGUGCGCGAGGUGAAGAAUGGGCCGCAGAACGACGCUUUCGAGAGUGCGGGAGUGGCGGGGCUUGAGUCGAAGCCUGUCGAUACCAGCGAUGCGUCGGCCAAUCCCGGCAUGACGGCGGAGGAGAUCGCAGCCCAGGUUCAAUAUCUUGACAGACUCUUCGACUACUUCAUGUCUGACCAAGUCCACAGCCAGAUGUCGGAGUCCAACAGGCAGCGUGUUAAGGAGCUGUUUGCAGAGUUUUCAGCGGCGCGCCGCAAGGGUGCUGGCCCAGAGGCUGUGCGGACUUUCACCGACUGCCUGAUUGCCUUGGAGGGUGUUCAAGCCACGGAGGGUCUCAUGAAAGAAGGAGAUUUCGGGACGGACACCGGCUACACAUCGACCGGCAGCAUGGGCAGCUCGGGCAGUUCUGGCGAAGAAGAGGAGGAGUCGAUUAAAGGAUACACGUGGGAUGGUCGCCGAUUGUGGAAAACUGAUGCAGCAGUGCGCCUGUUUCAGAAGAAAGGAGAGAUCGAACCGUGGCGUCUGAUCAACUUGCUUCAACUUGCCAUCUGUGGAGCUUGGGCCUUCCUCAUCCUCGCUAUGGUCGUGGACAUCUUCCUGGGAGAUCAGGGAUUGGUGACGGCACCGCACUGGUCCCGACCUCCAAUGUCGCGCCUGUCGCUGGAGCCGCACGAGCUUGGAACACCUUUGGGCUUCCCCUGGUAUGCAGGUGCCAAGCCAUGGCUGCCGGAGCAGAUGGCCUGGCACGAGGAAAAGCGUGAAGCAUUGAGUGGCUUCAUCAGUGCACCGCAUUCAGGUCAGGAGGAUGGAGGUGGUGGCCACUCGCACAUCCAUCAGGGCCAAGCACGCCGCUUGAGCGCAGAUGUCCAUGCAUCUCCAGCUCGCUCAGCCUUGCGUGAUAUCUUGGAACUGCUGCCAGGUUCCGAGCCGGCGAAGGAAGUGCCAGUGCAGACCGUGUGGCCGGGAUUCUUUGAGCCGCGCAUCCUGGCAUGUGGACCACAUGGCAUCGCUGCGCUGUCACCUCGUGGUGUGGGUGCCCUGGUCCCACCGGCUGUGGCUCACCACCGUGCCUUCGAAGCUGCCCGUCGCUUCCGCCUGUCUGGGUUAACGCACUUGCCUCCGCUGCUGUCUGCGGCCUUCCAUCCAGAAUCGCAGGAGCUGAUGGUUGUAUCUCGCGGUGGGCAUGUGGCCACGUGCCCGGAUGCCGGAGCUUCUCCCUGUGCCGUGCACCAUGCCGGCCUUCCCGUGUCGGCAGCACGUGCUGCGGCUGUUGCUUGGCUGCGUGACGAGGCCUCCAAACAGCACCACCUCCACGCUGCCUUCAUCGACGAGGCGUUGCCUGGAUUGGUCGCUGUCUUCAAGCUGCUGGGGAAGGGACAGGCUUCGACUUGGCAUCCGCUCGGGGAGUUCUCGGCACCGUUUUCUGACGAGGUCAAGGAGCCACUCUCUGCAAAGGUUUCCUUGUCCUUCGCACCGGGUGAGAUCGUGCUCACGACAGCUGCCGGAGUUGUCCAUCGUCGGCGGUUGCAGGAUGGCCUUCUGGCGGAGUCCUCGCAUCGCUUUGGAGGGGUCUCCACGGUGGUGCAAUGGCAGGAUGCCUGCCCGAUGAUGGGUGGAGGCCUUGCACAUCUUCGCCUCCGUCGCAAGGAGGGAUCGCAGGCCUGGACACCAGAGCUGCUGACCCAGAAGUUGGAGCACACAGAGGGAAGACCUUCGCUAUUCCAGUGA